CAAAAAAACCUUGGAAACUGCGUAUUUUGACUCGAACAAGUGCUGUUCCAAGCGGACGAUCUCAGAAUUUUGCCGCAAACACAACAUUCAUUCAUAAGAAUUACUUUCAUUGGUUGUGGUUAUUUUUAACAGCCAAUCAGGCAGGGGCUUUAAUUAACUUGUUCGAGCGUGUUUCAAACAAAGCAUUUCACAAUCAUAACAAAGUAGUUAGUGAUAUCAGUGAUAAGUGAUAAGCGAAAAUAAAUCAUUUCCUCCGUCAGUAAUGUUGGUUUCUACCACAUCUUAAGUGAUCUAUAAAUUACAGUAGCUUCAACUUUCUUGGAAUUUUUAAAAUAGACCUCUGAAUAAUCCACCUGAAAAAUUCAACUGUAUAAUCUACCUCUAACAUAAAGUUCCUCAAUCACGAUGAUAAAUCCAAGGAUCCCAUCCCAAGUACUCCCUAAAGUGGUUGGCAGACGUUUCCAGCAUAGAGUGUCAAAAGAAGUCGACAGUAUUAUUAGAGUUGAUCAUGCCGGAGAAUUCGGAGCAGAUCGUAUUUAUGCUGGCCAAAUAGCAGUUCUUGGUAACUCUGUUGUUGGACCCAAAAUUGCAGAAAUGUGGGAGCAAGAGAAAGUACAUAAAGCAAAGUUUGAUGAAUUAAUUAAUAAGUACAGAGUUCGCCCCACAGCUUUACUGCCUCUCUGGAAUAUUGCUGGCUUUGCUCUUGGAGCAGGCUCUGCUUUAUUGGGUCCAAAGGCAGCAAUGGCAUGCACUGUGGCAGUGGAGUCAGUAAUUGUAGAACAUUAUAAUGAUCAGUUAAGGACUCUCAUGUCGGAUCCUGAGAAAAACAAAGAACUACUGGAGGUGAUAAAGAAAUUUCGCGAUGAUGAACAAGAACAUCAUGACACUGGACUAGAGCACGGAGCUGAAGAAGCUCCAUUCUAUAGACUCUUUAGUGAUGUCAUCAAACUAGGAUGCAAAACAGCUAUAUCAAUUUCAAAAGUUAUUUAACCGUGUGGCUCUCAUAAGUGGGUAUCUGUCUAAGCUCAACAUAGACUAGUACCCAACGCUUCAUUUCUGGGUCUGAAAUUUGUCUUGGAUUUGAAAUUUAGCAACUUGCUGGUGAUUCUCAGUCAGCUAUUCCCAAACUGACUCUCAUGAGUCCAUGGAAUAAAAAUAAGUGAGAAAAAGAAGGACCAACAUAAAAAAGAAAGGAAGAAAGGAAGGAUUGUAAAAAAAGGAGAGCGUAAGCCGAAAAACAACAUAACCUUGACUAAUUGUCAUUACCUUCCUUUCCUUGUAGCAAUAUAGUGAAAAAUCAGUCAUUUAUCUCGAUGAAUUUAUCCAUUUACUUUCGUUUUUUUCCCUCUUAAAAUUUUUGUUUGCUAAGUUGAUUUUGAAGGACAAUGGUGUGGAAGAGAGUUCCACUCAAGUUUCCAUCAAAAACAUCCUUGAAUACUACAGGGGCUCUCUGAGAUCCUGUGAAUUGUCUACGGAAUCCAAGAUUAAAAAAUGAAAAAACUAGUAGUCCAAGUAAUGACUGUCCAUUAUUAUAAAAAAAAUCUAGGGAAAGCUGUCAUUUUUAGGAGCCUAAAAGAUUUUGAUCAACCAGUUUUGCCUUCUUAUCACACCUUAUUUAAUGUAGCUCUGCUUCUUUUUAUUUGUUAAUAGUCCUUGCAACAGUCAGUAUCCUUUCUUGUUUGUUCUAUUAGUUGUUUUAAGCAUUUCUUGUUUUUAAUUGAUUGAAUUUUUUGGAAAUGCAAUAAAUUUAUAAUGUUUUUUACUGUUUCAA